AUGGACUUCUACCACCGCGCCGGCCUGAUCCUCGAUGCGCUCGACAACAAGAAGGGCUCGGUCAAGGGCCUGUGCAUGGCCGAGGCCAACAAGGGCCGCAAGGUCGGCGAGGGAGCUCGCUUCCUCAAGGUCGUGAUCGAGUGCCUCAAGUACCGCCCGCACAUCCAGCACCUCCUCGCCGCGACCAAGCUCCUCGCGCAAGAGCCGACCCUGUUCGUCCCGCCGUCGUCGACCGCGUCCGUCACCAACGCGCUCAAGUCGGGCUCGGCCGCGUCGGCCAAUAAGGCGCUCAAGACGCCCAAGAAGCACGUCAAGGCGGCCCCGACCCCGGACAGCCUCGCGACCGUCAUGCUCCACGACCUCCUGUUCGCCAAGCGCGGCUUGACGCUCCCCAAGGAGCACAAAGUCCGCAAGAAGCUCGAAAAGUACAAGUCUGCACUCGAGAAGGAGAACGAGCGCGAGAAGCGUCGCCGCAAGGUGGGCACGAACGAGGGCCUCCAGAUCCCGCUCCCGGACAAGGUCGCGUCGUCGCUCGAGGGCAUCGGCAAGGGCAAGAAGCGCGCGCACGACGUCGACCGGUUCGCCGAGGAGGGCGGCAGCGAGGGCAUCAUUGGCGAGAUCCGCUGGAUGCGCGUCAACACGCUGCGGUGGAGCGUCGAGGCGGCCGUCGAGUGGUUCGAGAAGGGCGGGUGGGAGAUGUUCGAGGAGGUCGAGGAGAUGCUCGCCGCUGCCCAGAGCAAGCCCAAGGUGUUCGCCCUCGACGCCCACAUCGAGCCGCUGCUCGCCCUCCCCGCGGCCGUCUCGCUCCCGACCAUCUCGGCGUACCAGGACGGCCGCCUCCUCGCGCAGGACAAGGCGUCGUGCAUGCCCGCCUGGGUCCUCCUCACGCCGGCGCUCGCCGACGCCGAGGACCGCGCCGCCGCACGUGCCGCGGGCGAGAUCGGGCCCGACGAGGACCUGCCCAAGCGCGGCAAGGGCCUGCGCGUCCUCGACGCGACGGCGGCGCCGGGCAACAAGACGACCAUGGCGGCGGCGCUCAUCGCCGGCGACGAGAUCAACGGCAAGGUGACGGCGUGCGAGAGGGACCAGGGCCGGUUCAAGGUGCUCAAGGACAUGCUCAAGCGCGCCGACGCCAAGAACGUCCAGCCGAUGAACGUCGACUUCCUGUCGCUCAAGCCGGACGACCCCAAGCUCAAGAACGUGACCCACCUCCUCGUCGACCCGUCAUGCUCCGGGUCCGGCAUUCCCUCGCGCCUCGACCACCUCAUCCCCUCGGCGCCCGAAGCCGAGCAGCUCGCGCGCAUCAAGGCCCUGUCCAACUUCCAGAUGGCCAUCGUGUCGCACGCCCUGCGCUUCUCGGGCGCGGUCCGCGUCGUCUACUCGACGUGCAGCAUCUGGGAGCAGGAGGACGAGCGCGUCGUCAUGCGGGUCCUCGCCAAGAAGGAGUUCCGCGACAUGGGCUGGAGGCUCGCGCCGAGGGACGAGGUCAUGCCGACGUGGGAGAGGAGGGGUCGUGUCGCGGCGUGCGGCGGCGACGAGACCAUCGCCGACUCGGUCGUGCGCUGCCUCCCCGAGGACGGCACCAACGGCUUCUUUGUCGCCUGCUUCGUCAAGGACGAGAACGCGCCGCCGAUCGAGGCGCCCGCCGGCGCCGACGAGGCGGCUCCCGCAGUCGACGACGAGGCGAUCGACGUCGACGCCCUCGCCGUCGAGGUCGAGGAGGGCGAGGCGCCCGCAGCACCCGCAGCGGCGGCGGCCGCAGCGUCGGCCAAGUCGGCGCCGGCGCAGCUCAAGAAGGGCGGCAAGCAGGGCCGCAAGGCCAAGUCGGGCGCGACCAUGGCGGCGCGCAACGCCAAGAGCGAGGUCCUCGGUCGUGCGCCCGCGCCGCCGGCUGCCCAAGUCGCCGCCGCCGCCGCCGCCGUUGUCGCCAAGGAGGCCGACGCUGCGCCCAAGGAGGGCGGCGCCGGUUCGGGCCCGAAGAAGCUCAGCAAGAAGCAGCUGUACUUGGCCAAGAAGGAGGAGAUGAAGCGCAAGAAGGAGGCGGCGGCGACGAGCGGCGCCGACGAGUAGAACGAGGGGGGGG